GGUCCGGAUCUUGAGGCUUCUUGUUUCUUUGCAACUUGGAAAAUCUUUAAUGGCGAGAUUAAUGAGAACACCGUGUGAACCGUGGAUUUCCAAACACUACAGAUACAUCUGUGUGUUUUGUCUCAGUGUGCAGAUAGUCUCGGGUUUAGACCAGGUGACACUCCUGAAUCCUCCAGAGGAGCCUGUGUCAGACCAUCUCUUGGAAAUACUUUACUCUUGUGAUCAACCUGCUACAGUGCAGCUGGACUGUAUCGUAUCUUUUGACACCGGCAUCACUUCCACACUCCUGCUAAGACAGUGGAGCUGCCUCCCCGAUGACCCUAAAAUAAGGACCCUGGAGCUGAAUCUGCCGGAUUGGUUGGUGUAUCAAGCUGAUGGGAUUGUUCCAGACUCCCAGUGGGUGCUGAGUUGUAUCCUGCUGGCGUCAGUCAGAUAUAGUGGAUUUGAUGACACUGAGAGGUCUGUCGCAGCUCAGGAUGCGGCAACUUUGCAACCGAGGCCUUUUUUUAAUCGACCUGUAAAACAGCAUCCACUGUGCAUUGCCUGGAGCACAGAAAUGCUUCAGUUAACGGGGUUUUCAAAGAAACAAUGCCCCCUGGAGCAAGAAACAGUGCUUUUGCUGUCUUCCAUAUAUGCUUCUACUGGAGAAGGCUUUGGUAUCACAAAGACACUAGACCCUUAUAGCAGUGAGCUUCUGGAGUAUCUGCGUCUUAAAGCCAUCUCUUUUCCAUGGUGUAUGUUCUCCAUAUGGGUAUUUGUGACCAGUCACUGCCAGAAGAGAAUGUGUGGCUUGUUUUACCACAUAGACCCCCAUAAUAACUACGUCACACCAACACUGUUCCUCACAAAUUCAGGUCAGCUACACGUUCAGAUCAGUGCAGAGUCUGAGGAAGCCUCUGCAUUUCUCUCUCCGUUCAAGGUGCCUUUAAGCGAGUGGUGCCAAAUCAGUGUGAUGUUGCACGGUAGAUUGGUGACUCUCUCCAUGGUGUGCAUAGACGAGGAGCAGAGAACGGUUUAUUCUAUAGAACACAUGUUGAGGCAUACUAUCAUGCUGGAUGACACAGAGGGAUAUUUUGUGAUUGGGGGAGGGAAAUACAUACGAGGUGUGGAAGGUUAUUACGGACCACUGGUUUACUACCGCAACAGAAUAUCACCUCACAGCCCGUCUGAAGUCGUGAUUCCAGAUGUUAUUAGGAGUGUGAACCUGACCGGAUGGCUGCAGACCUGCCAGCCGUUUCAUCUUGAUAUGACUGUCAAAAUCAGUGGCUAUUCUCUCAAGGCCAAACAGAGGACAGAGUCUGAGACCUGUUUUGAUGCUUUCUAUGAGUGGAUGGUAAAGGACAGACUGCCAUCAAAGUCACAGUGCGGGCUGUGGGAGGCGAUUGUUCCUCACAGAAGACAAGCUGCAAAACUGGCCAAGUUUUUGGCUUUUAAAUAUGGUAAAAGAAGAGUUAGCCUGCCAGCUGUGGGCAGAGCACUGUACUCCUUAUCACUUCAUAAGCUGGGCAGAGGAAGCAGCACUGAAGUGGUCAGCAGAAUAUUACCGCUGCUCCUCCAAGCUGGCUGCUUAGCUGAUAACCGAGCUCUGCACAUGUCGUCUGUGCUCUACAGCAAUGGCCUGGGAGUCAAGAAACAGCCCAAUAAGGCUUGGCUCCUGGCCCUGCUGGGAGCCCAGAACGAUGAUCGAUUAGCCCUUCUGCAUCUUGGGCACCUGCACCACCAGGGUCUCCAUGGCCUCCCCACAGACCCAGACCUGGCCUAUGCAUAUUAUGCAAACAUUGCUAAGCAGACAACUUUAGACCGUCUUAAUCCCACACCGCAGCAGACCUUUGUUGAGGCUGUUUACCUUAACAAUGAUGAAGUGUUGAAUGUCCAGACCAAUGAAGACCAUCAUAUUUUCCAGUGGCUUAAACUGCAGGCACGCCGGGGAGCAGCUGAAGCUGAGCAAGCAGUUGGUCGAAUGCUGUUCUGGGGUCAGCAGGGAGUGUCUCCAGACAUCCAGAAGGCUGUGAGACACUACGAACGGGGAGCUGUCCAGUGGGAAGACCCAGUGUCAAUGUAUGACUACGGCAUAGUCCUACUGGAGGGGCACGGGGUUAAAAAGGACAUUCCGAAAGCUGUCACUUUCUUGAAGAAAGCAAUGGACCAGGGUUUUGUUCCUGCAAUCAAUGCCCUCGCCUGGUACUAUGAGCGGUUUGAACAGGACUACAAGCAGGCAGUGCAGCUGUGGGAGCAGGCUGAUGUCCUCAAUUGUCCAGAUGCUGCUUUGAAUCUUGGUGUCGUGUACUCGCAGGGCCUGUAUCCAGGAAAAGCUGCUGACCAGUUUAUGGCCUAUAGGUACUAUCUGAAGUCUGCAGAGAGAGGGCACAUCAGGGGAGCAAUUCAACUGGCUGAGAUGUGGACCACUGGGAUACCCGGCCACAUCAACAGGCGUCCAUCAGAUGCAGUUUUGUGGGUAAAGUGGACAGCUGAGCACAAUGGAUACCUGGGCAGCGUCUUGCGGAAAGCCUUGGACUCAUAUCUCAAGAAUGACAUGUUCAGCUCACUGUUAUAUUACAUGAUGGCUGCUGAGUGCGGGUACGCUGCUGCCCAGUUCAAUGUGGCUUAUCUCUGUGAACAAAAUACGUUUGGCUUUCUGGAUCCUGCUUUUGCAUCAGACUGUACGUGGAGAUAUUACAACCUUACAAUCCAAAGUCAAAAUCCUGACACCUAUGCCUUUAUAAAGAUGGGUGACCUGUUGUAUGAGGGGCAUAGUGAUGGGCAGAAAGAUUUGUUUUCUGCAGCAGAGAUGUACAUGCUGGCAGCACUAAGGAAUGAGCCACAGGGAUGGUACAACCUUGGCCUCCUUUCUGAAGAGGGUUACAGGCUGCCGCUGUCAGUAUUGACUGAACUCGGCCUUUCAGAGCUGUACCUGGCUGACAAGAGUUUGCUUCUAAGUGCUUUGUACAAAAGAUGCAGAGACUCAGAAGAUACAGAUUCGUAUCUGCCUUGCAGCCUUGCCCUCUUCAAUGUGUAUCUUCAGUCUUUCCAAAAGGACUAUAGUGCUGCUAUUAAGUUCUCCACUGCUGUUGCCGUGGUUGCAGCUCCAACGAUAUUCUUAAUCGUCCUCGGUGUGCUCAGGAGACCCGCCGCGUCCCUCAACUAGAGAUUCUCAUCAGGAUCUUCAGUGCAACAAACAACAGCAAAGUCAACCUGCAGGCCAACGACAUGGCAAUAUUUUGUGCUAGUUUACAUACUGUAUGUUUACUAUUGGAUGACUGUAAAGA